AUGCAGACGUUCAUCGAUUGGGCACGGGAUCAAGGUAUCAUAUCGAAUGCGGCUACCAUACAGCAAACCGAAUACGCAGAGUAUGGCUUAUUUGCCACGCAAGAUAUGACUUCAACGUCUACGGCCAUAGAAGCGAUUGUAUUCAUUCCUGGCAAAUUACUUAUCACGGCCAACAGAUUUUUUCAAGAACAUCCCUUGUUAAAGAAAGAGAUCAUCAACGAGAAACAGGCACUACGACUCUUCCUCAUCUAUGGUCGGUAUUUCUCUGCACUGCAUCAGCAACAGCAGCAGCAGGAGCAGACGAAUAACAAUUACUUUUGGAAACCCUACAUCGAUAUUCUUCCAACCGUGGAUUAUUUCAAGAAGCACCAUAUUCUUUUUAAUGUAUCUUUAGUGAAAGGAACCAAUUUAGAACAAUCCAUACAUGCCAAGCUAUGUUGGCUGGAGAAUGAAUUGAAACAUCUUCAAGAGCAGUGUUUUACAGAAGCGGCGACACAUUGGAUCCAUGAGAUAACGCUGGAUAUGUAUUUUUGGGCAGAUUGUGUUGUAUGGUCCCGUGUUGUAGGCGUCAGUGAAGCAUGUCAACCGAAUGAUAAUGAGAGCAACGACGGUCAAAGCAACCUGGCUUUGAUACCCUUUUUCGACUUUGCUAACCAUUCUUCUUCAAACUGUAACAUACGCUGGCAAUGGAUAGAGAAUGACGUCGAUAGUACUGAUGAAGCUGGUAUACAGCUUGUGCCUUAUACCGACAAAAAUAUAUCCAUCAUGAAAGGUGAUGAACUCUUAUUAAGCUAUGGUUCGAAAUCCAAUCAAGAGUUGUUAUUCCUGUACGGAUUUUGUGUUGAGAAUAACCCUACACCGAUCAAUUAUACGCUGUCGAUAUUGCCGUUCCUCGAUGCUAACGAGCCUAUGGGCAUGUUCAAAAGUCAAUGGUUGAAACAGCUAAAAGUUAAACCGCUAUUAACAUUUAUGCCAAAAUUGGAUGUUUCAGAUGGAAACGAUAAAGAUACAGCUUUGGAAAAUGAGCAUAAGAUAAGCCUUCAUGAUAUAGGGUUAACUGGCGAAGAUUUGUCAAUAAUAUAUUUAAUAGCUGCUGACGACGAAAUAGGCAGCCUGGAAUUUUCAUAUACUGAUAAUGCUGUUGCGGAUGAUGACAGCUGCUCUACAACUACCACAACUAAAUUGCUGACAUUAACCAUCAAUGCGGUAAAGAUAACUUCAAUACGUCAAUUAGCAGAAUGCAUCGAACAGCAGCAAAAAAUGAAUUUGCCCAUCAUUCAACUUCGCAUUGUUCUACUCCUCAUUGAUGCAUUGGAAUAUCAAUUAUCUACUUUAACGAUAAGUAGCAACGAAGUCAAAAAAUUCAAGGAGUCUGUAUCAGAGGGCUUGAUAAAACAAAUGGAUAUGUACAGGCAAGAAGAACAAACAAUUUUAACAAACGUUCUAGGCCUACUGUAUUAUCUGAGAGAUAAAUUGUCAAGUGAUCCGAUAGUGGUUGAUUACUUGAAAUAG